AUGGCGACGACCGCGGAGAGUGUGCCGCGUUCGGUCGGGGCGUUGGAGGACGCGCCAAGCGAUGCGUGGUUCUUUACGCGCCGCGGCCUGUCGUACCCCCACUUUUCAAGUGCGACACAGCCUAAAGAGCUGCGCGGCGGCCACCGCCUUGGCAUCCGUGCGCUGGCAUGGAGCGCGAAUGGCGACGCGCUCGUGAGCGGCGGGCAUGACCGGAUUGCGCGCGUGUGGAAUCCCGAGCGGAGUACGGAUGUGCGGACGACCAAAGAGCUUGCUGGGCAUACGGACCAGAUUUCGGCGAUCGCGUGCAACCCUGCCCACCCCGAACUGCUCGCCACCGGCAGCACUGACAAGACGGUGCGGCUGUGGGACCUGCGCGCACCUGCCGCGGCGCACGUCAUCCACACACCCGGGAGCAAUAUCAACCUGGCCUACAGCCCGGAUGGCAGGCAGCUCGCUGCGGGCGACAAGAGCGAGACGGUCGUGUUAAUUGACGCCGAGCGCGGUGCGCUGGCACAAACUAUCAAGGAUGGCUCUGUGAAUCGCGAGGAGAUCAACGAGCUGGCGUGGGCGCCGGAUGGGUCGCUGUUGCUGCUACCGAUGGGCAGUGGUAGCAUCAGCUUUCUGCGUGUGCCGCGCGACGGCGCGCCUGCGCCGACGAUUACACCCCGCGAAGGCAUGCACCCCGACUGGGAGUGCGCGCUGGUACGCCCUGUGCACCCUGCUGCUAUCUUUUGUAUCCAAUGGGACCCUACGUCGCGCGUCGUCGCGACCGGUGCUGCGGACAGCACCAUUGCCGUGUGGGACGCGGCCGAGUGGGAGUCGCUGCAAGUCUACUCUUCGCUCAAGUUCCCCGCACGCAGCCUCGACUUUUCCUACGACGGCGAGUGGCUCGCGGCCGGCGGCGAGGACGCCGAGGUGCACCUCAUGUCGAUGGCGUCUGGGCGCGUCGCGCACCAGAUUCCCGUCAGUGCCACGAUCAACUCGGUGGCCUGGCACCCCUCCAAGCUGCUGCUUGCAUACAGCGGCACGGAAACCGCUAGCGCCGCGCCCGCCGCCGCCGCGCGCACCACGCCGAUCUGGCUCUAUAGCGUGCCGUCAUAG